AUGAACACGUGGGUUUCACUAAAAAAAGCGGUUGAUGGAGACAUCUCUGGUGCUAUUUGUACAUUACAAUCUAAUCUUUCGCAAAUUUAUCCUCAGACUUUAGCUAUCCCGCCUCCUGUAAAUAAUUCUGGCAGUAGAGCGUAUACUAGACCGUUCGCUCCAGUCGUCCAUUCACGAAUUCGUUUCCGGAAAACUCCAUUCUACGAUAUACUGGAACCGUUCAAUACACCUUUUUCUAUACCGGCUUGUGUUGGCGCACGUAAUACGGUAUCAUUUUCUUUUCAAUUGACGCCAAUGGCUCUCUCAAAACUAUUAAGCAAUCCGAAGGAAUAUAGAGUGUACUUCUUCUCAACCCCGACAGAUACAAUUGGUUUUGGUGAAUGUUUAAUGGAGUAUCCUACUCCUCAAAUGGAGCUUCGGGCCAAUAAUCAAGUUGCACAUGCUAACUAUCGCGGCUUGAAAGGGAGAAGUGGUACUACAAACCCAGCUGACAUAACAGACUACAUAACCAAAUACGCUGGUCCUCCGGGAAAUAAUGUUGUUAUUUAUUAUAUGAAUGCUACGAAAAGGUAUUCUGCUGUCGUUGCUCUUGUUAAGGCGUAUUCUGUUGAUUAUUUGGUUGAUGAUAUCAAGAAACGAAAAAUUGAAACGAAAGAAAAAAUCGUGGAGCGUAUUAAGAGUGAAAACGAGGAUACCGAUAUUAUUGCGACUUCGACAGAUAUUUCUCUAAAGUGUCCGUUAUCAUUUACCAGAAUAUCUCUACCGGUAAGAUCUAGUUACUGCAAGCACAUUCAAUGUUUUGAUGCUAGAGCGUUCUUAGAGAUGAAUCAGCAAACUCCUUCGUGGAUGUGUCCUGUUUGUAAUAUACACAUUCGUUAUCCUGAUUUGGUUGUCGAUGGGUUCAUGCAACAUAUUUUAGAGAAUAGCCCCAGUAAUUCCGAAACAAUUACCGUUGAUCCCGUAGGAAAUUGGAGCAUGAAUACUUUUGAUGAAGAAAGUGAAAGUUCCGAGGAAGAAAACUUGCCAAAGGAACAGAUUAUAGAAUUGAGCGACGAAGAGCGAUCUGCUACGCCUGCAAAUCCUAGUGAACCUCCAAAUGUACCAAAACGAAAGGCGUCACCUGCCGCCGCCAAUUCAACAAAUAAAAAGAAGAGAGAAUCUUUGGUAAUUGAUCUUACUAUUUCUGACGAUGAAGAACCCUCAGCUACAGCGUCUCCCCCUUUAUCAGCAACGAAGGAGACAGAUAAAUCUUAUUCGAAGCCAGCAUCUCCAAGCCCUAUUCAAAGAAAUUCCCAACCGUCAGAAUCCACUCCAUCAGAAAACUUUUCGUUACCAAAAAGUUCUGUGAAUGGUAUUUCUCAGGCAUCAACACCGCCAAGCACCACUACGGUCCCCUCUACUACAACGACUUCUCAUAGAUCUUACAGUACUUAUGACCCUAAUUACGUAUCUAGAAGGAGUUCAUAUUCCGGCAGACGUCCGACAGAGUCAUUUGAUAGCUCCAGAGGGAUAAGUUUUCCUCCUGUCAAUACUCCUCCUCCUAGAGGAGAUUUUCGUUUAGGGAGUUUACCAGUCGACGACAGUCAUAUUAUAUAUCAUCCUUCGAUGCCGUCGAGGUCGUCAGUGAUGGAUAAUUCCACUCCAGGAGCCCAUAUGACGACUGCCAAUGACCCUGCGAAUUUACUAAUCAGUGACUUAGUACUGCCUCCAGUGGGAGCGAACCCCAAUAAUAGCUCCCCAUCUGUUAGGUCGGAUACUAGAGAAUCACAACUGUCAAACAUUUAUACACCCAAUCAACCAGUGUUAUAUAAUAAUAUUCCAACCCGGCCACCUUUCACCAUCCGGGAGUCUGACCGUGAUCUGCUUAGUUAUGAUGAUUCGAGAGGGAGGUCUAUGUUAAGCUUACCUCAAAUACAAGACACGCGACAGAGGACACCACUGCAGACGGCUGGACCGCUGUGGAAUGAAGAGGAUGAUAACCGAAUCAAUUGGGAUUCUGAAUUUCAUACCUCUUUCCCGUUUAAUAGCUCUACGUAA